AUGUCUGUGAGCACCCAGCCCAUGAACAUCCCUCCUGAGACUCAGCAGUUCCCUGGAAACUGCACGUUGGAGAAGGCCCUGAAAACCAUUGUGGAUGUCUACCACCGCUACAGCAUCCGGGAGGGCCAGCUCGACCUCCUCAACUUCAAUGACUUCGAGACGUUGCUGACUGAGCAGGCACCGACCUUCCUGGAAGCUUGUAACAGGAACCGUGCCGACUACCUGAGGAAGCUCUUCCAAGAGACAGAUUUAAACAAGGACAAGGACCUGAGCUUCGAGGAGUUCACCAUCGUCUUGGCCAAGGUGACCGAUGAUGCCCAUCGCAUCAUCCACAAGGAUGACCGCUGCACACCAGACAAGGAUUGA